GUUAUUGCAAUAAUAUGAAAAGUAUUAUUAGUAAGAUUGAGAAGAAGAGAGUGAUUCAUAGCUUCAAAGUUGGGUUAUGUUUAGUUUUGGUGUCUCUUCUUUACACCGUCGAUCCCAUUUUCCGGCACGUCGGAGAAAAUGCCAUCUGGGCCAUCAUGACCGUCAUCGUCGUCUUCGAAUUUUACGCAGGUGCGACGCUAGGAAAAGGGAUUAACCGAGGGAUAGGGACGAUGGUAGGAGGGGGGAUAGGGUGUUUGGUGGCAAUUCUAGUCGAUAAAAUCGGAGGAAAUGGUAGCAUGGGAAAACCUAUAGCCAUUGGGAUUUCGGUUUUCAUUUUUGGGCUCGGGGCAACAUAUUGUAGAUUAGCGCCGAGUAUGAAGAAAAGAUACGACUACGGCUUUAUGAUUGCCAUUUUGACGUUCAACUUGGUCGUGGUUCCCGAUGCACAAGAUGAUUCCGGAAAAGUAGUUGAGGUGGCGCUCGAUCGAUUGGCGACCAUUGGAAUGGGCUUCGCCGUAUGUAUAUUGGUUAGUUUGUUUGUUUUUCCUAUGUGGGCUGGCGACGAACUCCAUUGCUCUACUGCAACUAAGUUUCGAAAAUUGGCUGAUGCUAUUCGAGGGUGUACGGACGAGUACAUGAGAGUGGGAAAUGAGAAGAACAAAAAAGAAUCAUCGAAAUCAUCAGAUUACAUGCAAGAUUGCAACUUUCUCCUCAACUCAAAAUCCUCUGAUGAUUCACUGGCAAAUUUUGCAAAAUGGGAACCAAAUUGGCAUGGCAAGUUUGGGAAAUACUAUCCUUUGGAAAAAUACCUCCAAAUUGGAGACCAUCUAAGACACCUUGCUGCUAUCAUUCUUGCCUUAGACCAUUGCCUCCAUUCCCCUAAACAGGUAGUGGCAAAGCAAAGGAGGGAGACACUAAAAGAAACAAGUGAGAAUUUCAGUAUGUGCAUUGGAUUUAUAUUAAAAGAGUUUGGAGAAGGUUCGGAGAGAAUGGACAUGUCACAAAUUAGCCCCCUUUUUAUAAACCCUAAAUUGCAAUCCCUAAAAGUGCAAAUUUCAUCCACCCUUAACGAUUAUGGCAAUCAUGAUCACCAUCUUGCUACACUCAAUUUCUUGUUCUUGGAGAUUGUAGAUUUGGUGGAAGAACUUGCCAAGUUCUUGCAAGAACUUGGCCAAGAAUCACAUUGCAAGAAAACCAAUAUUGAUCAUGUAUAA